AUGCAGCCAAAGGAUCACUCAGCUGCCGAUAUAGUAUCGCCUACUGGCGAGUCCACAGAGUCUCCGCCCCCAGCCAUCCCAUCACCCCAGUCGGUGAACCCAAUACCGACGGACAUUCCUGGGGCCAUGGAGAAAGUUGUGGAGUCUUUAGGCGACCUCAGACUUGGAUCAAACGUUCCGAGUCUGGUGGUUGAUGGUAGCAACUCAUCUGCUGCCGCACGAUCGCAGGCUGUCUUCAGCCGGGCUAGCGGCUCAGACGACUCUCAAAAGGCUGAUUCCAGCUCGGAACUGGGUACCAAGCCACCCAGUCUAGAUGGGAAAAGCAUAACUUCUGGCACUACGUUUGCCCUCGACGAGAAAGAGUCUCUCCGUCCAGAUGACAGCGCCAGUGUCAAGGCUGCUGCCGAGGAUGACGAUUCUUUCUCGAUCCGGGGAUCUCUGAUUGCCGGCUCUCGCAUGAGUUCAGACUUUGCCGCUAGAGCGAGAGGUAUUCAGCUCGGUGAUAUGCCAGACCGGCGAUUGGCGCAACCAGUGGCCGGAGCUCACGGACAUGGCAUCCUUACACCUCAGAGCACAUCGUCUGAGCAGCCAGCACAGAACCCAUUACGAAGUGCAAGUGGCUCGUCAGAUGCUUUAAAUGUUAUUUACAGACAAGCCCCCGACGAUAAACUACUCGAGGCUUUGGCGGCUCCGAGAGACCGACUUUUCCUCCUAAGAUUGGAGAAAGAUGUCAUCAACUUUGUCCAAGAUUCCAAGCAAGUCAGCCCUUUUCUAAUCAUGACAACUUCAGCUAACAUACAGCGUAGGGAGCCAUACAUGGACCUUCCUCCAUCGAACUCGUUUUGUAGAAUGUUGACCCAUAAACUGGCUGACUACUACCACAUGACGCAUUCUUAUGAGCACCACAUUGGCUCUGUUCGUAUCUUCAGGACCCCCUUCUGUCGAGUGCCACCCUCCCUAGCGACAAUGAUACCUCAAACAACUGUUUCAACUAGCAGCACCCCUCCGCCAGCAGUCCUACCAAGGAAGAUUAUGCGCCGCGGACAAGAUGAAGAGGGGGGUGGCGCCAGUGCUGGGGCGUCCAAGACUACUUCUGAGAAUGGAAGCGAUUCCAAGGACAAACUGCCGCUGGCCAGUCAAAAGUUGUCCCGAGAAGAACGAGAAGAGAUGUACAAGCUGGCUAGACAGCGGAUUUUUGGAAGCUCGGAAGAUACAACAUCUGAGAUUGAAGGCGAAUACGGCAUAUCCCGGACAAGCUCAGUUUCUGCCAACAACAGAUCAACUACCAGUAAAAAGGGAAAGCCACCUAAACAGCGGCGUGAUGAUACCGAUGGCUUUGACUCUAGACGCCAGUACACGCCUUAUUGGGGACCCCAACAGCAAACAUGGGUGUCACAGCCACCUAGCCAGUUCGUCCCCCCCGCGAACGGGCAGUUUACUCCGCAACCUGUUCCAUCGUACCCUGCUCAGGUGGCACCCAUGUAUGGCCAGCAACCUGGGUAUCCCGCCGUGCAAGGCAUGGUGUCGAAUGCAGGUCCGCCUUAUCCAACCCCACCUCAGCAAUAUGCGCCGCAGCCCGUACAGCAACGAUACCCCCCGAAUGGAAGCCCAAUGACAGCUUACGGCUCGCCGAUUCUGCCUGGGGCUCCUCCGCCGCCGAACUGGCAACCCGGUUACAGUCCCGCUCUCUAUCCUCCCAGAGGCCCUACUCCCAGUGGCCCUCACUCACAGAACGGUAUUCCGUAUGCAUUCGGGCAGCUACCUGCGAAUUCCAACCCUCACGACCCCAAGAGUCAGCAUCCAAUCCCAGGAAGCUACAAUAGGAACCACGCUUUCAACCCCAAGACUCAAUCUUUUGUGCCGGGAUCGAACGGCAUGCCACCGCCGAUGCAGCCGCUCCACCCGCCCUUUACGGCCCCGGGCUCUCACCACGGCAGCCCGCAGAUUGGGACUCCUCAUCUGGCCUACGGCGGAUAUCCAUCGGUCAUGCCCCCUCACCCCUAUGCCGGCGGAUACAACAUGGCCCGGCAGGGUUCGAACAACUCGAUUGCCGCAUACCACACUCCGCCCCCUCUAGUCGCGCCGCCCCACGUUCAGCACAUGCCGACCAUGCAAAGCCUGCAACAUAUACCACCUCCCCAGCAUAUACCCCAGAACCAGCAGGCGCAUGCUCUGGGGCGAGCAACCGUCCCCCAGGGACCGAAUCAAAUGUUUAGUAGUAGUCACUUACCCACGUACGGCAAUCCUGCCUCGUUGCCGCAGAAGCCGGCCACUGGAAUUUAA